GCUCCUUCGGAGGUGCAAGUCUGUCCGUCGACGGUAAUACCUUAAACCUCCUUAAUAACAAGAUGUGAUCCACACCUUUCCCACCGCAGAAAAACACCCCGCCAAGCAUUAGGCGGCACUUCCCAUAAAGCACCACAACAACAACCAACAACAAACUUUCUUGUUCUGCUGCAAUAAUAGAAUGAAUUGGAGAUGUUUACUCUUGCUCAUCUCUACGGCAGUGGUUGGGCUAUCGGUAGUCCAAGCAGACAGUAGUAAUGAAACGGAUACUGGCGUCGAAAACCCCUACUUUAGUGGUUGCCUCCAUCAGACUGUUACUGGCAAAAAAUAUGGUGCCAAAAAACGGGUGUGCAACAGCAAUGAUCCCGAUUGGGCACUGGGGAAGUAUUGUCAAUUACCAGAUCCACAGUUGGACUAUCUUGAAAUUCGCUUGAACACAGGAAACUGGGAUUCAUUUGUGGCUGAAACUUGGAUCCUACAAAUCAUUCUCAGUGAAAUUCUGGGAGUCCCGACAACUGUAGACAGCGGGGCUCCCAUGGAACGUAGAAGCUUGUAUGAACUAGAUGAUGUCAUUGACCAGGACGCUACUGUUGUCAGAGAUCAUACUGCAGAAUCUGCCAACCAGCCAAACUGUGAUUGCCGAUUUGCUACUGAAAAUGGUGUCCAGUGCGGUCACUACAUGGGAGAGGUAUGGAAUGAUGAUUUAGCACUCACACAGAGCCUUAUCCAUGAGAAAAAGCUUGAAUCUCCACAGAGCAUGGGGAUGUUGGGAAAGGAGUCCUGGAUGGUCACCAAGUUCACCACAGAAAUGGACCCAACACUUGGAACCUACCAUGGCUUUGUUGGCGAGAAGAAUCGAAGAAAGCUGGCAGAGACUUUCCUCAGGCCAACGACUUGGCAACAGUAUUGCGAAGAAGAGUCGCCCAACAACUGUUCUACACCUGACAAGACUGCUCAGCGCCCCCCGCACAAUGCUACAGAGCAUUCUCGAAUGUUCUUUCCAGGGGAAUACCAGGGAUACUUUCGGAACACAACACUCAAUGACUGUGAUACAUAUCCUACCAACUGUACAGGGCAUGCUGCCAAUUACCCCUGUGGAUGGACGUCAAGAAUGGAGGCAAGCAUUUAUCAUUUAGAAAUGGGCUUGGAUUGCAAUAACCCAAACGGACAGCCCAUGCCUUAUGCAUACCAACAGCUAGUAGAUAUGUGGGAGGCAGCCAAUGCCACUAAAUCAAACCUUUUGAUGAUGUGGUGGACUCCGACUCAAGAGUACAGUCAAUUUUUGGGUCAUGAUGCUGAAAUGCAAAGGAUAACUUUGAAACCAGCCACCCAAGCUUGCAUCAGGGAGCAACCCAUUGAUGAAUGUUCUCCUAAUCUCACUGAACGUGUGGGUGGAGCAGAUGGUGCUUGUGACAAUGCUGCACGUCCUUUGCAAAAGAUUUUGUCCGGGUGUCUCUAUGACGCAAUACAUGCGCCCAGUAUCCCACUAGCUCUUCAAAGUCCAGCCUAUGAAACUUUGCGACGCUUUCAAAUAACAGACACACAAAUGGACGAAAUAUUCCGAAUUUGGCAGUCAAGCAGCUCGCCAAGAAAAGCUGUAUGUGAAUGGGCAUCUACGAAUCUGGACUAUUUGCAGUCAAACAUUCCUUUAUCUUACCCACGGGUUACAAUGGAAGAACCUCAUUCAAAGUUUGGCUAUGCGUUGACUGGGAUUGGCGUGCUUACAGCUUUGCUUGUGUUAUGGGCAUCAUUCCAGGUCCACCAGAACAGGUCCAAGCCUUCCAUCAGAUUUGCCCAAACCAGUUUCUUAUGGCUUAUUCUUUCUGGGUCUUUUCUUGUUGCCGUUGGGGCUGUCCUUACUGGCUUGCCUGUGACAGAUGCUGGCUGCACAUCGCAGAUUUGGUUUAUUCACCUCGGCUACACUUUGGCCUUGGUGCCAAUGUGUAUCAAAGUUGCUGCAAUCAAUACACUGUCAAAUGCAGCCUCCAAAAUGAGACGAGUAAAGAUUCCAAGAAGUCAAUUGUUUGGUGCUGUGGCAGUUAUCAGCGCUCUUUGUGGUGUCUACCUGUUAGUCUGGAGUGUAUUGGAUCCUCCACAAAGAGAGGGGCAAUAUUCGCUCCUAUCAGAAACAAAUACAGACACGGAUUUGGUUGAGCAUGUGGUUGGUGUUGCUUUCUAUUGCAGUGGCAACUCAAACGUUUGGCAGUAUGUGGCGGUGGGUUGGAAUGCUGUACUGCUGCUAUGUGCUUCUGUCUUGGCCUUUCAGAACAGGAACACCCUGCAGGCCUUCAAUGAAUCAAGGACGCUUGCAAUACUGAUAUAUUCCAAUUUUGUCUUUGUGGUGCUGAGAUGCAUUACAUACCUGCUGUCUGGCCACUUGAAUGGGACAACACUGGAUCACAUGAGGAGCAUGAUAUACAGUCUCGAUACCGCGGCAACAGUCAUCAUCUAUUUUGUCCCCAAAUUUUGGAGGAAAACAACAGAGCGGGAUUUGUUGCAUUUGUCGUCGGAUGCAAACAGUGUUGGAAGUGGCAUCAGUCGCAUUAGUGGGCUUGGUCGCAACAUAAGUGGCCUAGAAGGAACCACCAUAGCCACAGUAGCCUCCACAAAAUUGCAUUCCCACAAUUCUCGAGCUGCUAGUAGCCCAUGGACUCCGUCUCAAGCGAACCAGGAUCAUGAAGAGCCUCAUGAAGUGAGCCACGAAUCCAAUGGAGAGGACACUGGCGAAGAGCGGAUGUCUGUGACACUCCUUUUGUGUCCCUCUUGUAAACAGAAUUGGAAACGUGAUGAUUAGUUCAUUACGGUAGGAACCGGGGGCCAAGCUUGCAUGACUCGACUCGAGCGCGAUGCAUUAGGCCGGACAGGUGGAUUUGAGGAUUGGGUGAGUAGCCUAGCUAGCGGGGACCGAGGUCAAAUCAUGCCGACGGCGCGGGACGUUUGGCGUGCACCGGACAAUGACUGUGCAGUUGGAGCGAAACGAGCCUCGAGGGGGGUCGCUACGGCGACUGUUCGUUUCGAAUCGAACCAUUCAAUCCUGCAGUGCCUUCAUACGAUUUCUGGCAGAAGCUUCAUUCUCGAAAUAGGUAAUGCUUUAUGGGGUAUCACCGAGCGUAUUGUCAUGGUCGGGUCGCUCUGCUACUUUUCUACUACCGGUACGGAUUGAUUGACCCAAGGACGACCAUCCAAGUGCCACAAGCUCGGCUCCCGUGUUGGUCCUCAGUUUGUCCCCCCUGGGAACCUGCCCCCUUUCCUUCCGGCUUCCGUAGAUAACUCCCCCUACUUUUAGUAGCCUGAACCUUUU